GCGUCGGUUCAUUUGGUGUGAAUUUACUCCCUGGCCACUCCAUGUUACACAUGGUGCCGGCUAACAAUGGGAGUUCAGCAAGACCAGCCUGGCCGUCCAGGAGGGCAACAUGCAGCUUGCCACCCUCCCCAGCGCGUUUAAAGGACAGUGCCGUUCCCGGGGCUGGUCACUCGUGCCUUCCUGCAGGAUGUGUUCUGAGCCUGGGGCCAGCGGGCCGCCCUCCUCUCGGCUCGGCCCAGGAAUGCAGGGCUAGGAAAAUUGAGCCGAGUCAUCUCAUCUGGCCACCACCCCAGGAACAGCGGCCCCCAGGACCAGCACCCCACCUGCCCACGCCGGCACCUCCCCACGUGACAGCCGCAGCUCCAAGGACAAAACACAGAGAAGAAUGUUGGGCCAGCCCCUUCCCAUCCCCACCACCCAGCCCAAGAAGAAAAGGACAUGGAUGACAUCUUUCUUUUCCAAGGUCGCAUGGAAACUGAGGUUCCGGAAGUGGGAGCCUCUGAGGAAUGUGUUUUUCAUCCUGGCACAAAGGGCCCGGGACCCCAGUGCUAAAAAGCGUCGCAUGGCCAUGAGAGGCCUGGGGACCAUAGCCCGUGAGAAACCCCACAAGGUGAGAAAGUAUAAGAAAAUUGUGCUAGACCUGCUGGUCCACGGAUUGUACGAUCCCAUGAGCUGUGACGUCAUCCAGGAGAGCAUGAAGUCGCUGACCGUCAUCCUGGGCAAGACCCAAGGGAAAGGCUUGGGCUCCUUCUUCGUAGACAUCACUCUUCAGACCAGGACUCUACUAGAUGACGAGAAUGACAGCCUGAGACACUCGGCCUUUGUCUUGUUUGGGCAGUUGGCUGCCUUCGCUGGGCGGAAAUGGAAGAAAUUUUUCACCUACCAAGUUAAGCAGACUCAGGAUUCCCUCCUGAUCCAUUUAAAGGAUAGAAAUGCCCAGGUUGCCAAGGCUUGCAAAACCACGUUUCGAGCCUGUUCUCCCUAUCUGAGACAGAGGAGGGAACGCGGCUUCCAGAGUGGAGGAGAUCAAGGGAACCCCAAGCUCUGCUGGCAGCUGAGCCACUGCCAUCCAGAGCUCCUGCAGUACUUCUACGCCAAUAAAAUUCUGUGAACGCAGAGCCGCAGGGGAAUGCUUCCACGUGAGCGCUUUGCAGGGGGUGGGGGGCUGCUGUUGCCCUCUUCUAACUCUUCAGAUGUUUCUGCUUGCCUCUUGCAAUUGUAACAGAAAAGGGGGUGCUGGGAGAGCAGCUAGUGGCAAAAAUAACACUGCAGAAUUGUACGAUUAUAUCCAAAGUAAGUCUGAAUUACUUCCACAUGUCAGUUCCUCCCAUACACGUUUGAUGAGAAGGAACGUGCUUUCUUCAAAACAUGUAAAGUCUGUGUUGAUUCCGUGCUUGCAUCUCCGCUUUUUCCUCAUGUUCAACACGGUCACUUCUAUUCUCCGUUUUAUUUUAAUUUUUGAGGCUUAGAAGAAUAACAUGCAUCUUAAGUAAUUUAUUAACCUGCUAUUGAUACAUUGCUAUUUGCUCCUGAUACAUUUUUUUGGUAAGACCCAUUUAAAGUUGGUGAAGGUCCCAGGAGGUGGUUUGGAGGGGUGUCUUCAGUUUCUCAUGAUCUUCACCUGCCAUCGCCUCCAGCAUUCCUAACAAGAAUUAAUGAAGGGAAAAUAUCUAUACAGCACAUGUUGAAAAACCUCAGGCUGAUGCUAACACAUGGAAUAAUAUGAAGUAACCUUUAUUGAGAAUGUUUAUAAUUUAUCCAGCACUAAGUUUUAUUUAAUAAAACAACACGAUGAGAAAGGUACUGUUAUUAUCUUUAUUUUGUGGAUCGAAAACCAAGGCAUGAGGAUACAAAAUAACUUGCCCAAGAUGACCCAAUAAAUGAUGGAGCCAGAAUUCAAACCCAUGUGGUCUGACCUUUGGAGCCAACAUUCAACCGUCAUGCGGUACUGCCUUGUUAUGGAAUAACUGAUGGAUGGUUGGACAUGUGAAAAAAUAAAAAUUAA